GUUUUACGGUCAUUCUUCAAGCCUAAUUGUUGAGAAUUCGCGUCAGUUUCUGCAGCAGGAUCGAAUGCAUCUGCAGGUUUGAUUAAGGAGGUUAUAGUGCGAAGAGUACUCAACACCUUAUGGUUUUGGGCUCUGAUCCAUUAGUUCGACGGUCGUAGUCUAUCAAGAAUGAAUUUCGUGUGCAGUGGUUUAGUCCCUUCUGAAUAAGGAUUCAAGGCAUCCAAGCUAUGAAAGUUAGCCGACAGUGAACAAUCUGCCCGUCGUUUGUCACUCGAGGGAGCCAUAGUGUCUCUAUUUCAUGCAUUUACCCGACUGAAAGCCAUUCUUUCGCGAAAGGUAUCAAGGGACCGUGAGCCGGGCAGUAACCAUCAGUAUUCGUACUGGAAACCUGCAAAACUGUUGCCACUGGCGUGUGUGGAGUAAAAAAAAAAUUGACGACCCUCUUCAGGCGACUUCAUAUCCAUAGUGUAGGCUCUCGCCUGCCUUCAAGAGAGGGUGGAAAGAUUUCGUCGGCUCGGUAGGAAAAAACCGUGGUAUCAUUUUCGUUUUGCCGCGUAAUAUAACCUUGCCUGUUAGAUGGAACGCUGUCCACAUCCUGUGCGCUUACCACGCUUCGCUUACAGCAACAACGAAAAAGUUGAAUAAUCCUGUAACAUGGUCUGCAGCAGAAAAAAAAUCAUUUCAGUGUUUUGAAACGUGUUGGUGUAUGUGCGUUGAGCUGUAGUCUGAGAUCAACAAAAAUAUAUAGAAAAAAGGAAGCAGGCAAAAUAGUGCCUCUCGUGUUUCCCGGCCCCGGCAGCUAUUCUGCUUCGUCGAGUGCCAAGUUCUUCAUUCCGUCAUUUCAGGCUUCGUCCUUUAUAUGAAAUAAAUCGGGAAAUACAGUGUAACACACUCGCAGAAAACGUUCCGUGCGGUGAAUAAGUGCGGCAAAGAAAUAAGAGGAAGGAAGCAAGGAAGAGGUAGAGUGAUAGUGACAGUGGUUGUGGUACCGAGUGUUUCGUCCGCGAUCUGGAUUUUCCACCGUUCACGCGACAGGAAGCAGGAGCAGCUACAAAGAAGCAAUUGUAAAGGAUUCAUGCGAGCAGCUUAAUUGGCGGAAGAAACGGAUCAGGUUCCAGGACCUUCAACGCUCGCCGCAGGAUUAAUGCGGAAAGUUUCCUCAGAAACGAGAGGUUUUUCCUAUCGUCCUCAUCCAGAAGUUUCAUAAUACCACCAUAUGUUGCUAUAAUCCAAGACUACAGACAUUUUCAUGCUGUCCAACCGGGAGCAAUAUAAGAAAACGUGCGCAAGGUCACAAUCAACUGGAUGGCACCUCCCACACAUCCUGCACGCUAAGCAAAGUACAAUAUGCACUUAAAUUCAACGAGCACCUCAUGCAGGCACAAGGAUUAUGUCUAACGAGCAUAAUUUGAAAUCACGACAAGCAACAGCGACAACAAACUUAUCAAAAACGCCAUCAGCAUAAGCUUGAGCACAAUGAGAGCAACAAUAACAUCAGCACAAUCUCGACCAUCACCAGGAUCAACAACGACGUUGAUGUCAAUGCAAGCGUCAAGGAUACGUAUCUAAAUUGAAGAUAUAUGCAUCAAGUCCGUACCCACUCGAGUACAGGGUACCGCACAGUAGACCGUCAUAACAAGCACCACGUCUCUUCAGAAGUUCCACUGGUUGCAAAGUACGGUUGAUUAUGAACAGGAGCUGAGCAGGAGCAAUAAAAGGAGAGCGCCAAUAUAUUGGCAAGCAAAUAUUAUUCACCCAGGCGGCUUGGCUAGCAGGACAAGGAGGGGAGCAGGACGACAGCGAACAGGCUACGUAGUCAAAUUCAGCGCUCGCUAAUGAGGUGAUAAGUUCUGAUUGAGUGCUACUCGCUACCCACCAUUUGCCUCUCCUCCCCCCGAAGUACCAAUUCACGGCCACUUUUACGGCGCUUCCUUGUCUAUCCUGGCAUUCCGCCGUCAUGCAGCACUAACCGCUUUUCAAACAAUCAACAUCUCUCCCCCGAAUUCCAUACGACCCUGAAUAGCCAGUGAAUGUGUUCGUAAAGUGAUUUCCACCUGGUGCCGCAGAUUUUCCAAUCAACUAUAAAAUGUCCUCUCAGGGACCGUUCGAUCCGAUUUCAAUUAAACGGAUGACAGACGGAAUGUUUAAAAUGAACAAAAAGUAACUUCACACGUUUAUUAGUUGAUUUAUCGGGAAAGUGUUGAUUUGUUAUUAUGAAUCAGAAGAAGACACCAUUGCAAAUAGUGUCAUCAUUCACGGAUAUAACAUCGUCAUCGUCGAGUCCUGCGAGUCCUUCAAUGUGUUUUCCAUCGCCAAAACGAAACGAAAAGCGCGAUCUUCGUUCUGGAUUGUGCGGUUGUCAACGGGCCCCAAAAUCGCAUUGUAUAUCAGCAAUUGGUGUUUUAGUUCUAGUAAUAGCCUAUACUGCUAUGGGAUCAAUCUUAUUUGUAAGUUUAGAGGGUGAACGGGAAGAUAGUUCGGUGGAGACAGCAGUUGCCGCAUCAAAACCAUAUCCACGUACAGAUACAAUAAAUCCAGAUAUACGAUCACGAACGGUAGAUCGUCUAUGGUCAAUAACCGAAGACCUGAAUAUUCUAUACAAGGAGAAUUGGACCAGAUUAGCCGCUCAGGAGGUCCAGCAUUUUCAGGAUACGCUACUUCGCGCCGUACGAGCAUCAAAAAUUCAGCAACCCGGAGCACAGCCUAUAAUUUCGUCACACAAAUGGUCCUACGCUUCAGCAUUUCUGUACUCCUUGACGCUUAUAACGACAAUCGGUUACGGUGGAAUAUCACCACGCACACAAUGGGGUCGGAUAGCUGCCUUACUCUACGCCUUGUUCGGAAUACCAAUUGUUCUCCUCUACUUGUCAGCAAUGGGUGAGGGCCUAUCAGCGGGGAUGCGUUGUCUCUUCCGUAAAGCAUCACGUUCACGAUCGAAAAAUGGAAAGAGCAGUAAUAAAACUCCACCAUCCGACGGUACUAGUAGUAAUAGCAGUAAUAGUAGUAAUCACCAUAUGCAUCAUCAUCUUCACACCACCAACAAAUUACAUAAUUCAUAUCAAAUAGGUGGAUCGCCUAGUGUGCCUAUCUCGAUUUGCAUCAUGAUCCUGAUAUGUUAUGUGACCCUAGGCGCGGUGCUCUUCCAUAAAAUUCAAAGUUGGAGCGUGCUGGAAAGUUUAUAUUUUUGCUUCACAUCCUUAGGCACGAUCGGUUUCGGGGAUUUGGCUCCCUCCAGUAAUCUUAGCCAAUAUUUGGCGUCCGCGUAUAUCCUGAUCGGUAUGGCGGUGGUCGCCAUGUGUUUUAGCCUUAUCCAAACGGAGCUAAUUUUUUGGUUAAGGAAAUUCGGUGUGCAGGAUCAACUUAUGGCUGCCACUGAAGAUGUAGCUCUGGUGUCAGUUGCAGUCACACCGAAGUCCUGACACCGACAAAAUGACUUACUAGGUA